ACCAAUAACUAACACUCAUAAAACCAAAAAAUCCCCCCCUCAACUUUUAUACAUGGGCUUGUGUAUUUAAAUCCGAAAACUUCUGAGCACAACCACUUGGAGAGAGAGGGGAGAGCGAGAUAGUGGCAGAAAGAGACAGUGAGCAAACAGAGGAGAGAGGGACAAACCUACUGAACAUCAUUGAAGCUACUUUGCCUUAAGUGGACAGAAGACCCUCUACUGGACUGGGAGUCGACUAAAAAUCCACUUGGACUCCAUCGCUGGAUUUGGGACUAAUCUCAACGUUAUUUUUUGACAACCUGUCAUCACAACAUGGGAAAAACAGUGGAUGGGAUAAAGGAGAGACCUAAAUGGGACAACAAAAUCCAGUAUCUCCUGUCCUGCAUUGGCUUUGCGGUUGGACUUGGGAAUGUAUGGCGUUUUCCCUAUCUGUGCCAAAUCUAUGGUGGUGGUGCAUUCCUCAUCCCCUACCUGAUAGCCUUGGUAUUUGAGGGCCUUCCACUGCUUUACUUGGAGCUGGCCAUCGGACAGAGGUUCCGCAUUUCUGCCAUCGGUGUCUGGAACUCCAUCUCCCCCUUCCUGGGUGGAGUCGGCAUAGCCAGCAUGGCGGUGUCGUUCCUGACAAACCUGUACUACAAUACCAUCCUGGCCUGGGUGCUCUGGUACUUCUUCCACUCUUUCCAGGAACCCCUGCCCUGGAGUCAGUGCCCACUUGUUGACAACUUUACAGCCUUCAACAAGGAAUGUUUGGACAGCACGCCGGUUAACUACUUCUGGUACCGGCAGACCCUGAACAUAACCCCGGACAUCGAGACCAGCGGCUCUCUGCAGUGGACGCUGGUCAUCUGCUUGGCCACCGCCUGGUGUGUGAUUUAUAUCUGCUUCAUCAGGGGCAUCGAGACCAUGGGAAAGGCAGUAUAUGUGACAGCUACCUUCCCCUACCUGGUGCUGACUAUAUUCCUGAUACAAAGCCUCACUCUGCCUGGAUCCACUGAUGGCCUGAUCUACUUCUUCACUCCUGAUUGGAACGUGCUGAAGAAUCCCCGGGUGUGGCUGGACGCCGCCACUCAAAUCUUUUUCUCACUCUCAUUGGCUUUCGGAGGUCUCAUCGCCUUCUCCAGUUACAAUCCUGAGAAGAAUAACUGUGAGCGAGAUGCUGUUCUGGUGGGUGUGAUCAACAGUAUUACAUCUAUUUAUGCAGCCAUUCCCAUCUUCUCCAUUCUGGGCUUCAAGGCCACCAACAAUUACAACUCCUGUCGCAUGAGCAACAUCUUAUCUCUGACCAACCACUUGGUGAUUGGAGACCAGAACAUGACACUGGCCAACUACAAACAGAUGAUUGAAUAUCUGAACAGCACACGGCCAAAUGAGGUUGCAGAGGUGAAACUGAGGUCCUGCGACCUUCAAAAGUUCCUUGACCAGAGUGUGUCAGGUACCGGCCUGGCGUUCAUUGUGUUCACCGAAGCGGUGAUAAAUAUGCCGGGCUCUCAGGUCUGGGCCGUGCUGUUCUUUGUCAUGCUCUUCAGCCUGGGCCUGUCCUCCACGUUUGGAAACAUAGAGGGCAUUCUUACCCCUAUUCGGGACCUAAAACUGGUGCCAACGUGGAUCCCCAGUGAGCUGGUCACAGCUGGUGUUUGCCUGAUCUCCUUCGUGGUGGCCCUGGUGUUCACCCUGGGCUCAGGGAACUACUGGCUGGAGAUCUUCAACAGCUACGUGGGCUCAGUGCCACUGCUCAUCAUCGCCUUCUGCGAGCUGAUCGGAGUCAUCUAUUUCUACGGGAUGCAAAAGUUUAGUGACGACAUCCUCUUCAUGACUGGGAAAAGACCCAACAUCUUCUGGAGGGUUUGCUGGAGGUUUAUCAGUCCACUGUACCUGCUGGUGGUGUUUCUGGCCUAUGUGGUUAUUCAGACCCAGGAGCACCCACAGUAUCCUGCAUGGAACCCUGACUAUGACCAUUUCCCCGAGACAGAGGCAAAGGAUUACCCAGGCUGGGUGUUUGCCAUCAUUGUCAUCCUCUCUGUGUUUCCGGUGAUCUCCAUCCCCCUGGUUGCCAUUUACAGACUCAUUCGCUGUGGACUCAACAGAAAGUCCUCCAAACGCUUUGGCACCAAUCCCUACAUCAACAACAGCUAUGAUAUCGAAACAUAAUAACAACAGCAGGAAUUAUGAGAACUUCUGCCUAUGACAUGAAAUGCAUGUCUUGAGGUGGCCAAUUAGCAUUGCUUCUUUGGAUGUGUGGACUUCUUCAAUAUAGUCUCAUAUAUUCAGCUGUGUCGGCUCUAUGAGGUGGUAUUGGGUUUGGCCUAUAGUGUUGAAGAUAACUACUUCUGAAUUUCAGCGGAAAUAGUUUACAAGUAGGUCUGCAAUGUUGAAUUUUCACACUUGUGUGUCCCACUACUGCUUUCUAUAAAAAAAAAAUCAUGCCACGAUUCAAGAGCUGAAAUUAUGUUUUGAAAUAAUAAUAACAGUAGUUAUUGUCAUGCUCUUCAGCCUGGGCCUGUCCUCCAUGGAUGGAAACAUAGAGGGCAUUCUUACCCACUCUAAAAAAUCAUGCCACGAUUCAAGAGCUGAAAUUAUGUUUUGAAAUAAUAAUAACAGUAGUUAUUGUCAUGCCCUUCAGCCUGGGCCUGUCCUCCAUGUUUGGAAACAUAGAGGGCAUUCUUACCCCUAUUCGGGACCUAAAACUGGUGCCAACGUAUAUCCAAAAACAAGAGUUUUUGGAUAUAAAAAAACGCGAUCAUACAGGGACCUUUUUAGGCAAAUCUUGCCCUUCUCUUGUCUCAUAAUUAAGUUACAUACUUAUAAUUAUAAUUUACCGAUACAACAACUUACUAAAUAAUCUACCUGCUGUGAUUUUGUAAAAUAGCAUUACCGCUGAAAAUUCAGUUUUUUCAUUAAAAUGGACUUCCUUGUUUGAAAAAGUAAUUGAAGUCUAGUGAGGGGUCAGGCACAAUUAAUCAAAGAGUAAUUAAAUUGAAUCUGGUUUUCUUAAAGGGUUUUCAAUCUAGGAUGAUAGUCUAAUAGUGAUAAUUUAUAUGUGUGUGCAUAUGUGUGUUGACUUGAGUUAUGGAUUAGUUUGGCGAUGGCUACAUUUUUCCUUGCAGAGGUUGGAUGAAAGGAGACAAGAUUAAUAGUGUUUAACAGUACGCAUUUAUUUAGAUAUUAUAAUAUAAUAACAGCUAGCAUCUGUGCAUAUUUAUUUGGAAUAAAAAAAUAAUUCAACACUCGAUGUGAUUGGAUGAGGCAGCUGAGUUUCUGUGAUGAUAAUGAAACAAAACAAACUAGUAUCACAAACCAAGAGCAACGACAACAACAAUUCCUGGAAAACCCUACAUUUUAAAGCCAAUAUAAAAUGUGUCUGGGUUGGCGUGGGUCAAAAAUUAUUAAAAUAAAGAUCAUGCUCAUUUUA